AUGUCCAGCGCUUCUACCAGCCAGCCGAUAGCCGGCAUUCACAUUUUUGACCUGCCAUCCGUGUGGCUCGGUGACAUCGCGUUAUGGCUGCGCACUGUAGAGUCACGAUUCGACCUCCGUCAGAUCACACGAGAGGAUACGAAAUUUCACUAUGUUGUGGCAGCACUCCCAAUGGAUAUCGCCACCGACCUCCGCGACAUCAUAGAUUGCCCGCCCACAGAAGCCCCUUAUACUGCCCUAAAGGAGGCUCUCAUUUCCCGAAUUUCCCUCUCAACGCAAAAACGUCUCCAACGUUUAAUUUCUGAGGAGGACCUCGGUGACAGGAAGCCUACGCAGCUUCUUAGGCGUUUGGAGCAGUUUGCAGACGGACAAAACUGGAUGCCACCAUGUUCAAGCAACUUUUCCUCCAACGGUUGCCUCCUGCUGUGCAAGCCAUCCUUGCGCCUAACAUUCCUUCAUCGACUGUUCAGAUGCUCGCGGAGACUGCUGACCGUAUACUCGAGUACUAUCAGCCUCCUGUUACGGUUAACGUCGCUAGUCGAAGCACAACUGCCCCCACAAUCGAGGAUGUCGUCAAACGCCUGGAUGCCCUUACUCUCGAAGUUUCCCAGCUCCGGGCCACUCGUGUCUAUAACCCUCGUAGUCCUGCAAUUUCUCUCCGCCCGAGAUCUCCCACUCCAAACAAACCUACAGUUGAUGGUUUCUGUUGGUAUCAUCACAAUUAUGGUUCUAACGCCCAUCGCUGCCACUCUCCGUGCAAGUAUAAAACACCCGCGUCGGAAAACUCCCCUGCCGACCAGUAAGGGCGACGAACGUGGUCGGCACAUCCUCUCCCAGUUGCUUACUCCACAUCUAUGA